AUGGCUCGACCGUCCACGCUCACACGAGACGUGUCGCCGCCACCAUUGCGGAAGUUCUCGACUAUAAAUACAGCGCCGCCUGAAGAGGACAAUACAGAGCCCAGGGAUCCGACACUGGCAGCCAUUGAAGCUGGACAGGUCGAAAUUCGAGAUCAUCUCGACUAUUUUGUACAGAAGUUAUCGGCAGUCUCCAGGUCAUGCUCUACGCCGAGGAUGAACUUCGAGAGCUUCCAAGAUUUGUACAAACGCAACCAGCACAGCAAAGGCCGGCACUUCGUAAUUCAUCAACAUGACCACCCCAUCUCAGGCGUGCAUUAUGAUCUUCGAUUGCAAUUCUCUGAAUCUAGCGCUGUCUCCUUUGCCAUACCGUAUGGCCUGCCUGGCAAUCCGAACUCGAGCAGGCCCAACAGAAUGGCAAUAGAGACCAGAGUGCAUAACCUAUGGAACAACAUCAUCGAAUCUGCUUCUCAUGCCACAGGAUCACUUCUCAUCUGGGAUAUUGGAGAGUAUGAGGUUCUUCCGCGCGCAGAGAAGCAACAGAAGAUGACGGAUGAUGAAGCAUCGGAGGACGAAGAUACACUGGCGAGCAACGCAGACGCGCAGAGUGAACGUCUCUGCAGCGCGUUUCGUUCACGUCAUAUCAAACUUCGUUUAUGUGGGAGGAAACUGCCGGAGAAUUAUGUGGUCUCCUUGAGGCUUUCGUCUGCGAAUGACAGGAGUGCACAGCCUCGAAAACCAAAACAUAAGCGACGGCGAACAGACCCUGCUCGAAAUGCUGCAAAGUCCAAUGCUCCUACAAGUGAUAAUGAGUCUGAUACAGCGUCGACGCUAGAACCUGCCGAUGGAGAGACUGUUAUCGAGGAAGAAGAUCUGGCCGUGGCGCAGGCCUCAGAGGGCGAAGAAGAUACGACUAUCCGCGCCAACAAUGCUUAUACCGGAUCCCUCAACACGAUCGGCUCCGUUCACCAGCGACACUGGUUCUUGACCUUGGACAGAACAGCGUCCGGAUUUCGCAAAUCUCGUCGUGGAUCAGACGCAGGCCGAUGGAUUGGAGAGUGGGAGCCUUUCUACGUUAUGGGACGUGACCACGAAGCGAGCGUGAUCACCGGAAGGACGGCCGACGAAGUCAUGGCUGAUGAAGGUGUUGAGAAGUUUGUUGGCAGGAAGAUGUGGAGGGCAAUAGUCGAGUGA